UUCACCCUGCCCUUCGUCUCCAACAUCGCAACCACACGACAAAUCUGCCCAAGAUGUCCUCCACAUCUUUCCCCCACCAUGCCAAGACGCCCGCUGCUAUCAGCAUGCGCAGCUCCUACAAGGCCUACAGGAGUCCCUUCGGUCCCCAAUACACCAUCCCUAAGAACUACCACGGCAUCACGGUCGGCACCGUCGCGAGAUACGGUACUCUCGCUGCUGGAUUCGGUGGUGUAGCCGGCUUCUUCGCCCUCUUCUUCUUCGCCGAAGUUCCCAAGGUGCGCGAUGAUAUCAUGAAGAAGAUUCCCGUCCUAGACAAGUUCUUCACACAUGAGAUUCCUCCCGAGGACAACCCUUUCUAAACACCCCCGCAAUUGGCAUCAUCGCUUUUUUCUGCCUGGGCUCAGUUGUGUUUGGGUGGUGAUGUACAACAAUACAGGGGGACAUGGCAUUAUAUACUAGCGACUGCGUGCGCGGAAUAGACCUCUUUUUGUCUUGAUUGAUUAUCCUAUGGACCCUUCUUGUUUGCCCUGUCUUUGUGAUUCUGUCGUCACCCGUUUCAAGGGCAUUGUUGUUCAGUCUAGCAAGUUGAUCAGCUCGUCAAAGACGCUGGUCGCGUUGCACAUAUGAAACUGCUGGUUUUGUAAAGUCUUCGCCAUUUGAGAUGAUAUCUCAUAUCUGCGCCAAUUGCAACAUACUCCAAGUAGACUCACAUCUAUUCAACACCCCCACGAAGUGCACCUGUAAACCUAACAAACUAUCCCAAAAACCAACAAAAAAGAAUGCACCAAGAUUCCAUCCGAU